CCAGAAGGCAUCUGGUUCAUCUUAAUUUCACCGAAAAUCCAGUAUUUUCGUUUUCGUUUCCAUUCUUUCCCUUCCUCAAAAACAAAAUCCAAAGGGAACUUGAUUUUCGUAAAAUACAGAGGAAGAGAGGAGACUUUAACUUCCAAGCGGCACCGUUAAGACCAACUUCCAGUUUUUGUUAUAUCUCACCCAACAACAAUAAUAAUAGGAGGAACAACCAAACUCGCCCGAGCUCCGGAUACUGUAGCGAAUCCGAUGGACUCUUUGGGUCCGAAUCGGCUUGAUAUCUUCGAGAUUUACCGGCUGUUUUGUGAACCUAGAACAGGAAAUGCAUGUGUUCAUGGUGAAGACGGGUACCAACAAGAUGAGGAAUCACAAAGAGCUAAGUACUCGAAGGAUGGAUUGAAUCAGCUGUUAAAGAUGGUGGAGUCAAGGAUGCACUCAAGGACUUUGAUAUUUGAUAAACUUCGCAAGUUAAUGUUACAACUAGACCUUACGGCAGACUUUUCUGAAUUCUCCUGCUUCUAUGAUUUUGUUUUCUUCAUGUGCCGAGAAAAUGGCCAAAAGAAUAUCACUGUAAGAAGGGCGGUUGCUGCAUGGAGAUUAGUCUUAGCUGGAAGGUUUCGAUUGCUUGACAAAUGGUGUAAAUAUGUUGAGGAAAACCAACAUCACAAUAUUUCGGAGGAUACUUGGCAACAAGUUUUAGCUUUUAGUAGGUGUGUACAUGAAAAUCUGGAAGGCUAUGAUCCCGAAGGUGCUUGGCCUGUUCUGAUUGAUGACUUUGUGGAGCAUAUGUACAGAAUUUCUGGAUCCAACAAAGAUUCAAAUGUUUUCUGUUGCUGUGUUGAUUUGGAGUUGCAGUCGUCUGCAUACGAGGACACUUUGCCUGGAUUAAGAGUAUAUCCUGGGAUGAAGAGGAAAUUGCCUGAAUGCCAAGAUGAUGAAAUGGAGUCUAUCGAUUCGCACUUCUUGAACUCACCAGCCCUGAAUUGCUCAUUGAAUUCUAAGAGAAGUAAGUUGAUUGCACAACGAUCGGUUAAUAGGGAAGAUAAUCCUCCCCAGAAUUCAUCUGAUGAUUGCAUGGAAAUUGCCAAGCACAGUAGUCCAAUGUGUUCCUCGAAGUCUCCUUGUGCAAUUGAAGGUUGCCUAUCAAAGGGUUUCGCAGGGCUCUUAUCGAGUUGCUCGUAUUUCGCAGUUUGACCCAGAAUGAAUUCCCUAUAACACGAACUUGCAUCCUUAUAGAAAAAAUGUAUCCUUUGCAAGUCCACGAUUUAGAUGUAUUAAAAUCUCUGCAACUCCUAUUUUUCAGAUGAUUUUGUGGGUUAAUUUCCUAA